AUGGUGAGCUCCAAGCUCGCACUCGUGCUCAUGCUCACCGCUGGCGGUGCCAUGGGCCGUUCUUCCAGCUCUUUCAGACGGCUGGACCGUCGCCAAGGAUUCGGUAACAACGGCGCUGAUCCUCUCAACCAUCCCGCUGCUCCUGGCGGUGGCGGUGGCAGUGGCAGUGGCGGCGGCGGUGGUGGAGGUGGUUUUGGCAACAACGGUGCUGAUCCUCUUAACCACCCUGCUGGCCCUGGUUCACAGCUCGUCGCUGCAUCCGCUGGCGGUCAGCAGCAUUGGUCUACCGACGUGUCGGGUAUGACUGGUGCUGAGCUGAAGAAGAGCCUCCCCUCCGGCUUUUUCCUUGGCUCUUCUGUCGACAACCCGGACCUCAAGGAUCCCCUCGUCGCUCCUCUCGUUAAGUACAUGCCUUGGGUGACGCCCGGCAAUUCUUUGAAGAUGGUCAAUAUCUACGAGAGCGAGAGCUCCUGGACAGAGCUUCUCAACGGCGUGACCAAGGCCAACCCUGGCGUUGACGUCAAAUGGAAAUAUCACACGGUGAUCUGGGGUGCCGAGACGAGCCAGAAAAUGAUGCAGCAGUCGUUCAGCAAGGAGGCCAUGAUGAAGACCAUCACCGAGUUUGUCAGCACCAAGAUGUGUCCCAAGAUCAUGAAGGAGGCCAACUUCUGGGCCAUCGACGUUCUCAAUGAGGUCUUUGACGACAGCGGAAACGGCUUCAAGAAGAAUGGCUACUUUGAAGUCAUCGGCGAAGAGGGCUACAAGCAGAUCCUCAAGCUCGUCAAGAAGGAGUGCCCCAACUACAAGCUCAUUGUCAACGACUACGGCAUGGAGUCCAAGAAUGCCAAGUCGGACUUUGCCUUCAAGACGAUCAAGCAGUGGCUGGCCGAAGGUGUGCCCGUCGACGCAUUUGGUCUGCAGUUCCACGUGCAGCUCACCAACACGUACUCGGACAUGCUCGCCUCGAUCAAGCGCUGGACCUCGGAAGACAUCCCCGUCGUGUUGUCCGAGAUCGACAUCCCCAUCAACCUGCCUCCCAACAAGGACGACCUGGAAAAGCAGGCGCAGCAGUACGGCAACGUGAUCCAGGCAGCCCUCGAAGGCGGUGCCUUCGGUGCUACCAUGUGGGGUCUCACGGACGCACACACCUGGUUCGGCACCCAGACGGAACAGGGCCAGGGCCAUGGAAAGGAGGCUGCACCCCUGCUCUUUGAUGCCCAGGGAAAGCCUAAGCCUGCCGUCGCUGCCAUUGUUGACGUGUUCAAGAAGUGGGGCAGCAAGCCUGUCGGUAUCAAGGGUGGCUCUGCUAACGACAUCAAGGACAACGGCAAGUCUGGCUCUGGUUCCGCUGGAUCGGGUGCUGACACCUCUGGUGACGGCGCUGGCACCGGCACUGGCUCUGGUUCAACUGACGAAACUGGCACCGGCGCGGCAACUGACACGACCGCUGGUCCCGGUGCUGGUCCCGGUGCUGGUCCCGGUGCUGGUCCCGGUGCUGGUCCCAGUGCUGGAACUGGCACUGGCACUGGUUCCACUGACGGACCUGGCGCUAGUACUGGCUCAGGUGACUGCGCUGGCCCUGGCAAUGAAGCGGAUGGUUCUGGUUCUGGUUCUGGCGCUGGUUCCGGUGCGGGUUCUGGUGCUGGCGCUAAAACGAAUGAUCACUCAGCCGGUGGCGGACAGGACGCCGCCGCCGAUGCCGACGCUAGCGGACAAAAGCCGAUCGACAAGGGACCUCCUGACAAUGGUGCUGGUGGCUCUGGCUCUGGCUCGGGCUCGGGCUCGGGUUCGGGCUCUGGUUCUGUUUCUGGUUCGGGUUCUGGUUCGGGUGCCGGUUCGGGUGAUGGCCCUGGUGCUGGUGCUGGCGGAGAUGCUGGUCCUGGCGGUUUCCCUGGAGCUGGUGGUGGAUUCCCAGGCGCCGGCGGCUUCCCUGGAGCUGGUGCCGGUGGACCCCCGGGUGGACCUCCUGGCGGACCUCCUGGAGGCGCUCCUGGUGGAGCUAACAACUACUGGGCCGGUCACCACGACGGCUGGGGCCAAAACGGUGGGGGCUGGGGUGGUGCCCCUGGCGGUGCUGGCGGUCCUCCUGGUAGCUUCCCUGGCGUCGCGCACACUGGUCCGGUUGCCAAAGACUUCGGCUUCGGUGGACCCGAUGGUGGCCUGGACCAAGGCCACAAGCCCAUGCACAAGCGUGCCAUGGCUAUGCGUCGUCGCCGUUAA